AUGUCUUCCAUUCUCGGCAACAAGGACGUCAACGCCUCCAUGGAGCAGCACCAGCAGAACACGCAGUCCAAGGAUGUCAAGAGCAUGGACUACCACCGCCAGGUCUUUCACAGCAAAAUGGCCGAGGAACCGUACGUCCACCGCACCAAGGCAGCCUCUGCGGCCUCGCCUAGCAGAUUCACCGCGCCGACCGUCUCGUCUCGUUCUCCUUUCCGUCCCGCCGCCUUGGCGCUCGCCAGAAACACUGCUACCAAUUCUUCAGAUGCCUCGUCUUGUUCUUUUGCUUCCUCCCCUACCCUCUCUCUGUUUUCUGACUCUUCUUCUUCUGCUCCGUCCCCUACGCCGUCCAUCACCGGCCUGCCUCGCUUGCCAUUUCCCACUAACAAGACCCUCGUGGCUAUUAGUACCAAGCAAUACGUCUCGCCGUCGGACAACAUCAUGAGCCCCUGCUCUGCCAAGAUCAAUGCCCUCCGGAACAAGCACGUCAGCAAGGCCAAGCCAAAGUCUCUCUUUGCCCAAGCCAGCGCUAAGAAGCUCAGCGGCGAUAACCUCUUUGGCAGCAAGUCCAUCCCCAAGGCUUAA